GGGCGGGCGACGCGCGCUCUCGUGGCCUGCUGUCCGGCGGCGCCGACUGAAGGCCCGCAUCCACUGCCGACAUGCUACGCCGCGUUCUCCUCUGCCUGGCCCUGGCCGCUCUGGCCCGCACGGGUGCCGACGCCCCCGACGAGGAGGACCACGUCCUGGUGCUCCACAAGGGCAACUUCGAGGAGGCGCUGGCGGCCCACAAGUACCUGCUGGUGGAGUUCUAUGCCCCUUGGUGUGGCCACUGCAAGGCCCUGGCUCCUGAGUAUGCCAAAGCAGCUGGAAAAUUGAAGGCAGAAGGUUCUGAGAUCAGACUGGCAAAGGUAGAUGCCACUGAAGAGUCAGAUCUGGCCCAGCAGUAUGGUGUCCGGGGCUACCCUACAAUCAAGUUCUUCAAGAAUGGAGACACGGCUUCCCCCAAAGAAUACACAGCUGGCCGGGAAGCUGACGACAUCGUGAGCUGGCUGAAGAAGCGCACGGGCCCCGCAGCCACCACGUUGCCUGAUGAGGCCGCUGCGGAGGCUCUGGUGGAGUCCAGUGAGGUGGCGGUCAUCGGCUUCUUCAAGGACGUGGAGUCGGACACUGCCAAACAGUUCUUGCUGGCAGCAGAGGCCAUCGAUGACAUACCCUUCGGGAUCACCUCCAACAGUGAUGUGUUCUCCAAGUACCAUCUGGACGCGGAUGGGGUUGUCCUCUUUAAGAAGUUUGACGAAGGCCGGAACAGCUUUGAGGGGGAGAUCAGCAAAGAGAAGCUGCUGGACUUCAUCAAGCAUAACCAGCUGCCCCUGGUCAUCGAGUUCACUGAGCAGACAGCCCCAAAGAUUUUUGGAGGAGAAAUCAAGACACACAUCCUGCUGUUCCUGCCAAAGAGUGUGUCUGACUAUGACAGCAAACUGAGCAGCUUCAAGAAGGCCGCUGGGAGCUUCAAGGGCAAGAUCCUGUUUAUCUUCAUCGACAGCGACCACACAGACAACCAGCGUAUCCUCGAGUUCUUUGGCCUACGGAAGGAGGAGUGCCCUGCCGUGCGUCUCAUCACCCUGGAGGAGGAGAUGACCAAGUACAAGCCCGAGUCGGACGAGCUGACAGCGGACGGGAUCACCGAGUUUUGCCGCCAGUUCCUGGAGGGCAAGAUCAAGCCCCACCUGAUGAGCCAGGAGCUGCCUGAGGACUGGGACAAGCAGCCUGUCAAAGUGCUAGUUGGGGAGAACUUUGAAGAGGUUGCUUUUGAUGAGAAAAAGAAUGUGUUCGUGGAAUUCUACGCCCCGUGGUGUGGUCACUGCAAACAGCUGGCUCCCAUUUGGGACAAGCUGGGAGAGACGUACAAAGACCAUGCUGAUGUCAUCAUUGCCAAGAUGGACUCGACAGCCAACGAGGUGGAGGCGGUCCGCGUGCACAGCUUCCCCACGCUCAAGUUCUUCCCUGCCGGCGCGGGCAGAACGGUCAUCGACUACAAUGGGGAGCGGACGCUAGACGGCUUUAAGAAGUUCCUGGAGAGCGGUGGCCAGGACGGGGCAGGGGAGGAUGAUGACCUAGAAGACCUGGAAGAAGCGGAGGAGCCCGACCUGGAGGAGGAGGAUGACCAUAAAGCUGUGAAGGAUGAGCUGUGAGGCGGACGGCCUGGGUGCCCCAGACCCACCCGGCAGCUCGGCCCCAGGGCCGCGAACCCUCCCCGGAGGAGGCGCGUCGAUCGGAAAUGCAGGGAAUUUUCUGAAGCAACACUGCAUUCCAACACACUUGUCAAUUCAAACCCGUCUUUUCCUUUUUCUUUUCAGUUUUUGGAAAGGGAUUUCUCUCCAGGCCAGCCUCGUCUUGAUGGGCCUGUUUUAUAAUUGUGAUGUACUUUUUCAUACGGGGUUUUGUUUGGAGUGCUUGCAAAAAUGUUUGGGAAUCUCACACUGGCAGUAUCUCCUUUCUGUUAGGUUUGUACUCUCUCUUUAAAAGAAUUCCAUCUGUGGGAUUUUUAAACAUUUUUGGAUGUCAGGGUAUCUGUACUGGCUUGGCUAGGCCUCCCCGGAGUCUCCUGUCCCUGUGUGGGGAGGGAUGAGCCAGGCUGGAUGGGUCACUUUCACCUGUGCCAGAGUUGCCACAGCUGAGUGUGGCUCUCGCCUUGUCUGGUUAAAUGGAGACUCAGGGUCUCUGUCGCAAGGGGGCACAGCGGGUGCCACUGGGGUGUGCCUGGGCAGCUCUCCGCUGCCCCGAGCAGGGCUCCUCAUUGCUCUGUGACUUCAGGGUGGCCUGAGGCCUGCAGCAGGCAGAACCAGAGCCCCCCCACAUCCAGGCUGUGAGACGGCCGAGGGUGCUUGAGCCAAAUCAGAUGUGACGGUUCUGCAGUCAUUUCUGCCACAACAUUGGAAUUGAACACAUUGGCCAAAUAAAGUUGGAAUUUUACCACCUCU